AUGUCCAAGACCAACUUUACCGACAACGCCGACACCUACGCCGCGGCGCUCCUCAGCCUGUUCCGGGGCAAGCUCGAAGAUACAGAGUCCGACCUCGAAAAGCUCUUCACUCCAGACUUCACUAUUCGUGACACACGCAACGAUGGACUCGGAAAAGUGCGGGACUACGCAGCUUGGGUCGAGCACGUCAAGAUGCUUCGCACGCUUGACCUCGGCAUUGUGGACUUCAAGAUUGUCCAGUUUCUGCGCGACGGGUCGCAGCUCGCCGAGCGUCACACGGCGCAGGGCAAGGGGCCCGAAGGCAAAGUUGUACGGACUGAGACGCUUCAGUUCGCUGAAAUUGCCGAGGACGGACGUAUCAAGUUUAUCGUCGAAACUGUCUCCGUCUUUGAGUAG